UGUUCCUUUGAACAGGAAACAGGAAGCUCUAAUGUAUGAGAAGCCCACUACAUCUUCACAUUGGCUCUCAAUGGUAAUUAAAACUUUUUCCUCUGCACUAACCUUGAGGAUAGCUGUACACUCCUUUCACAACAUUAAACACAACCUAUUAUUACCACACUAUAUCCUUCAGGUAAUGUAAACACAUUCAUCAACUCUCAGGCUGAGUAACAGUAACUGAACAAUGUAGAGCUUUUCUCGUAACACUAUGGAAAUUAGAUGGUUAAACAAAUGAAAACAAAGUAAUCUAAUCGGAGUUUCACUUUCCCUUUUUAAGUUUACACAAUACACCAGGGCCACAGUGCUUCACAUACAUUAUAUCUUUAUUUACGGCACAGUUCUCACAUGAACUUGGACUGUAAAUAAAUUGAACCUGACGCUAGUUUUUUAAAAAAGUUAAUGCAUAGUUUUGAAAAUAACAGUAUCGUUUCUUCAUUUCAGCUUGGGGAUUUACAGGCAUUCGUCUGUUCAUGCAUAUUAAUAAGACAGAGAUUAGAGGAGCAGCUAUGACUUUAACAGCAGCAGCAAGUGGAUUUGUCAUCUUCCUUCUCUCUGUACAAGUGGUACAGGGACAGUAUGCCAUGGGAGUGACUUACACUUCUUCUAAGAUGUGUGUGUUGAAAGGAUCAACAGUGGACAUACGCUGCACCUACAGAUACCCACCCAAAGAAAAUGGCCUUGAUACUACAGUUGAGAAAACAUUCUGGUUCACUAAAAUGAAAGGCGCUGAACCUGUGGAUCUGAGAACAGACUCAGAGUAUUCAGGUCGUGUUCAGUAUCACUGUGAUAAGAACGACUGCACUCUGAGAAUCACAGACCUGAGAGAGAGCGACUCAGCUAAGUACAAGUUCAGGUUCAUAACAAACCAGUCAGGAGGGAGAUUUACUGGUUCACCUGGAGUCACUUUGACUGUCACAGAUCUACAGGUGAGAAGAUCACAUUCACAUAAUUCAUAUAAAAAGCUGACGUGUCACAGCAGUUGUCUACCUCCUCGUACUUCCUACGUCUGGUACAAGAAUGGACAGAAAAUUCAGGCAGAAACAUCUACUUAUUCAGGCAACUUUGAUUCUGCUGACAGCUAUUCCUGUGCUUUAAAAGGACAUGAGCAUUACCCGUCUCCCCCAGUGUGUGUCGAUGGUCAAUCCUGCAACAGAGUGAUUUACACUGACAGAAGCAUCUGUGCCUUCAGAGGCUCAUCAGUGGACAUUUCCUGCACAUACAGUAGUUACAGCACAUACUAUGGAUCUAUCACAUCAAAAUUCUGGUUCAGUCCUGAACGUAGUCAUCAGUGGCAGAAUCCCUCACAGCCUGAGGACCUUAGUGAAGACUCCCAGUAUGCAGGUCGUGUUCAGCUCCUUGAAACAGAGGGAGGACGCUCCACUCUGAGAAUCUCUGACCUGAGAGAGAGCGAUUCAGCCCAGUAUCACUUCACAUUCAAAACACGAUGGUUUGAAUGGGGGAGUAAUUUACCUGGAACAACUCUGACUGUCACAGAUCCAAAUCUGCAAGUGAUGGUGAGCAGAGCCUCUCAGUAUUCUACCUGGGCAGAGCUGAAGUGUCACAGCAGAUGUCGUCUACCUGAUCAUUCUUCCUUCAUCUGGUACACGAAUGGACAGAAAAUUAAGGAUGAAACACCUUCUAUUUAUACUGUGUACCUUGACUCAUCAGACAGCUAUUCCUGCGCUGUAAAAGGAUUUGAGCAUCAUCCUGCUCCUUCAGUGUGUGUCCAUGGUCAGUCCUGCGACAGAGUGAUUUACACUGACAGAAGCAUCUGUGCCUUCAGAGGAUCAUCAGUGGACAUUUCCUGCACAUACAGUGGUUCCAGCACAUACUAUGAAAAUAUCACAUCAAAAUUUUGGUUCAAUCCUGAGCAUAGUCAUCAGUGGCAGAAUCCCUCACAGCCUGAGGACCUUAGUGAAGACUCCCAGUAUGCAGGUCGUGUUCGGGUCCUUGAAACAGAGAGAGGACGCUCCACUCUGAGAAUCUCUGACCUGAGAGAGAGUGAUUCAGCCCAGUAUCACUUCACAUUCAAAACACCAAGCUUUGAAUGGGGGAGUAGUUUACCUGGAACAACUCUGACUGUCACAGCUCUCCAGGUGCAGGUGAUCACAAUAACAGUCCAUCAGUCUUAUACCGAGGCAGAGCUGAAAUGUCUCAGCAGCUGCAGUCCAGCAGGUCGUAUUUCUUACAUCUGGUUCAAGAACGGACAGAAAGUUAUGAAUGAGGAAACUUCUCUUUAUUCAGGGCAGUUUAAUCCUGGUGACAACGUCUCCUGUGCUUUAAAAGGACAUGAAGAUUACCGCUCUCCUUCAGUGUAUGCACCAAUGCCUCCCUCUGUGUCAGUGAGUCCCUCUGAUGAUAUCAUUGAGGGCAGUUCAAUGGUCCAAAGCCUCCUUCUGUGUCAGUGA